AUGAUGGAGAUGAAGUGUGUGGUGAGGUCGUUGCUCGAGCUCCCCCCUGAGAUCAAGUCCAGGAACGCCGACGUCGCCAUUGCCGGCAGCGGCUAUAUGCCUCCUUCCCAAAUCAAUCCCCUUUACCAGGCAUUGGGCCUUUACGAUAUGGCCUCUCCUCUCGCUGUCAACGCCUUCUGCGACAAUUUGGGAGCAACCCCACACCAAAGGUCAGUUAUGUUGAACUAUGCUAAUGCGGUGAACAAGCUGAUGGCCGAAAUUGCGGCAAAAAUCGGGCAAAGCCUCGGGCUUAUUGACGGGCUCUCAAUACAGGAUUGGGCUUGCCAGUUUAGGAUUAAUCGAUACGAUUUUACCCCGGAGACUGUGAAUUCCCCUGGAGUGCAGCUCCACACUGACUCUAGCUUCCUUACUGUGCUUCAAGAUGAUGAUGUUAUUGGUGGGCUUGAAGUGAUGAAAAGAUGUGGAGAAUUUGUGGCCGUUGAUCCCUGCCCUGGAACUCUUCUUGUCAAUCUUGGUGAUAUUGCUGCUGUGUGGAGCAACGGGAGAUUCUUGAACGUGAAACACAGAGUUAUGUGCAAGGAACCGGGCGUGAGAAUCUCAGUUGCUUCAUUUUUGUUGGGACCAAAGGAGGAUAGUAUAGAGGCGCCAUCAGAAAUCAUCGGGUCAGAACAUCCUCGUUUGUUUGUCCCAUUCACCUAUAAAGAAUAUAGACAACUCAGAGUAUCUAAACGACUGCAGACUGGUGAAACUCUUUAUUGCUUUCGAGUUUAG